UGACCUUGACGAAAACUACACCGAGACCUUCUCUUCAUCGAUUCUUGCUUUACUGGACAACACUCCAUCGCGACACACCUUGUUUACACCGGACUCUUAAAGAAAUCCGAAACUGUUUUACCACGGCCCCAAACCAAACCGACGUUGACGAUUCACACCUCAUCCAUCAAGCCAACACCCAACACCACCACCCUCUCUCUCCCGUCCUCCUCCCAUCCCAACGGAACCAUCUUCCCCCCCAUAGCCACACCACACCCAAAAAAAGAUGCCAGCAACCAACCUCCUAGCCUCCAAAACCGCCAUCAUAACCGGCGGCACAACCGGCAUCGGCCGCGCCAUCACCCUCGCCUUUCUAGCCCAAGGCUGUUCCGUAGCCGUCAACCACCUCGACCUCCCCCGCGACCGUCCCCACGUCGACUCCCUCAUCGCCGAAGCCGCGGCCCUCAAGUCCUCUCUGCCCCCUAACUCCGAAAAAACAAUUGGUGACUUGGCCUUGCUGGCGGGAGACGUCCGUGAUCCCGCUACUGGUCCUGCUUUGGUCAAGUUUGCGUUGGAGCAGUUCAAGACGGGGCGGUUGGAUGUUUGUGUCAGUAACGCUGGUAUCUGCCAAUUUGCGGAUUUCCUGGAUAUGGAUGCCGACUUGUUCAGUAAUACGGUACGGACCAAUUUAGAUGGGGCGUUCUACGUGGUCCAGGCUGCGGCGAGGCAGAUGGCCCGUCACCAGACACCUCCAGGGGGUAGCAUAAUCGGUAUAUCAUCCAUCUCCGCGCUGGUGGGAGGAGCAGGACAGACGCAUUAUACCCCCACGAAAGCCGGGGUGCUGAGUCUGAUGCAGAGCACGGCGUGUGCGCUGGGGAGGUAUGGGAUUCGGUGUAAUGCGAUACUACCGGGCACUGUGGAGACGCAGUUGAAUGAGGGGGAUCUGAGACCCGGAACAGAGGAGGGGGGGACGAGGGAAACGGCGGAGAAGAGGAGGUAUAUAGAGGGACGGAUACCGUUGGGACGGUUGGGACGGCCGGCGGAUGUAGCCGGGCCGGCGGUGUUUUUGGCGAGUGAGGAGUUGAGUGGGUAUGUGACGGGAGCGCAGGUGUUGGUUGAUGGGGGGUUGUUUGUUAAUUUGCAGUGAGGAAGGGGGGUGGUGGGGUGGUGGUGGUGGUGGUGGUGUUCGAGGGUGGCGGUGAUACUAGUGAUGGUCAUGGUGAUGGUUCUGAGGCAGGAGUAGGAGAUGGAAGGUAGCAUGGGAGGGUGUCGGAGUUACCGGGUUGUUGUUCUACUACCCUUGACUUUUACCAAAAAAAUAAGGACCUUCUUUGAAGAACUGAACAACAGUCGAAAUUGAUGAACGACUACUUACU